GGGCGGCGGCCGCGGCGCCGAGGGGGCGGGCGGGCGUGCCGGGAGCGCCGCGCGGCCGCUCGCCAUGGGGCCGCGCUGAGGCCCCCUCCGCCUGCCGCCGGCGCCCCAUGCAGCGUCCCCGCGCCGUGCCGUGCCGGGCCGGGCGGGCGGCUCCAGCCAUGCAGCGCGGCGCGCCCGCGGGCACAUGGGGCAGCGCCUGAACCGCUGCCUCGAUGUGCCCGGCGCGCUCCCGCCGCCGCCGCCGCCGCUGCUGCCGCUGAGGCGGAGGCUCCUGCUGCUCUUCAUCAUGCUCUUCCUCUGGCUCUACAUGUUCUACUCGUGCGCCGGCUCCUGCGCCGCCCUGCCCGGCCUGGCGCCCCGCGGCUCCCCCGCGCCGCCCCGCGGCUCCCCCGCGCUGCCGCCGCGCGCCCCGCCGCAGCCGCCCGAGGAGAGCAGCGUGGAGCAGCAGCGGGCGGCGCCCGACGCCGCCGGCCCCAUCUCCAGCUUCUUCAACGGCUCGGGCACCAAGCGGCUGCCGCAGGCCAUCAUCAUCGGCGUGAAGAAGGGGGGCACGCGGGCGCUGCUGGAGUUCCUGCGGGUGCACCCCGACGUGCGCGCCGUGGGCGCCGAGCCCCACUUCUUCGACCGCAACUACGAGCGGGGCCUCGCCUGGUACAGGGACCUCAUGCCCAGGACCCUCGAGGGGCAGAUCACCAUGGAGAAGACCCCCAGCUACUUUGUCACCAAGGAGGCUCCAGCCCGCAUCUCCUCCAUGUCUAAGGGCACAAAGCUCAUCGUGGUCGUGCGGGACCCCGUGACCAGAGCCAUAUCGGACUACACCCAGACGCUCUCCAAGAAGCCCGAUAUCCCCACCUUUGAGAGCCUGACCUUCAAAAACAGGACUACGGGCCUGAUCGACACUUCAUGGAGCGCUAUCCAGAUUGGCAUCUACGCCAAGCACCUGGAGAACUGGCUCCUGUACUUCCCCAUCGGGCAGAUCCUCUUUGUCAGCGGGGAGAGGCUGAUCAGCGACCCCGCGGGGGAGCUGGGCAGGGUCCAGGACUUUCUGGGCCUCAAGAGGAUCAUCACGGACAAACACUUCUACUUCAACAAAACCAAGGGCUUCCCGUGCCUGAAGAAGGCGGAAGGCAGCAGCAAACCCCACUGCCUGGGGAAGACGAAAGGCAGGACCCACCCUGACAUAGACCAAGAGGUGGUGCAAAGACUGCGGGACUUCUACCGGCCUUUCAACAUGAAGUUCUACCAGAUGACGGGGCAGGACUUCGGCUGGGACUGAGGCUGGCGUGGGAAAGUCCUCUGUAAUUACUUGCCCGGCACGGUUUGCGUAUAUAAAGAGAUAUAUAUGUAUGUAAAAUGUACAGAAAUCUAUUUUAUAAUAAUUUAUUUUUAAUUCCUAAGCAAUUAAUUCACUAAGCUGCCUAACCGCACUGGCUAGAACGGUAGCCCAUAACCUGUUUAACAUUCCACGGUGUUUAAUUCUAAUAUGUCUCUCCUUGUUUUUUUUUCCUGUUUUCUCCUCUUUUUGGUUUGGUUUGUAACAGAUGGUGCUUCCAUUUUUUCCUAAACAAAAAUUUGUAUUUAAAAAACAAAAAAAGGUGGGGGUGGGGCGGGAGGGAAAGCACAAAUUUAUUUUUGUUACGGGUAUCUGGCCUUUAUAAACACUUGCUUUCCCUAUUACGGUGUCCCAGUCUCUGCUCGGCCAUUGUGCUCCCUCGUCCCACAGCUUUCCUGGCAGAUCCUGCGGCCCCGGGAGGGGUUGUGGGCUAUGGAGGAGCUGGGGUGGGUGGGGAGGGAGGUUGUGCGUCUCCGUCGGACUGGAUACCUCUGCUGAACAGCGGCUUGUUUUACUGGUGGAUAUAAAGCGUAGGGACCCCCAAGCCAUACAGCUCCUACUGCCUCAGCUGUCUUCUGCUGGCUUCCAUAUCCCGAGCCUCUGCUGUACGGAUAACGUGCUCUUUUUCUAAAGGAGAAGAAGCGGGGAGGUUGAGAGACUGUUGCAUGGGGAGAGCUGUCUCCUCAGUAUACGUUUCCUUCUUGCCUUUUGCCAAGGAGGCUCUUUUCCGCUAUCCCUCUAUGCAUUUUAAAUCUUUACUGAAGGACAAAUGUAAAAAUAUAUAUAUAUAUAUAAAAGAAUAUAUAUAUAAUGUGUGGCAUUUUCAGUGCUGGUCUGAAUGACUCUUAAACAUCACCCCCAGGAGUGCUCGCGCACACAGGGCCCCUCUGGGAAAAGGCUAAACUGGCGAUGCAGGGAGAGGAACCUGCUUGUAUGCACCAAAGACACCACCAGAGCCACGGAGCUGUUUGCAAAAACCAAGGUGGCUGCUCGGGGCUGUCCCCAUCAGUGCAGGAUUGCAGGGGACACAACGCAGUCGGCCGCACCUCCAGCACCUCGGGAGCCGAAGCAAAUGAAAUGAGAGUGGGGCACCUCAGCCUUGUCCCUGUUAGUGGACUUGGCUUCGAUCAUGUUUUGGUGUAACACUUUGUCCGUGGUCUCUCCUUGGAGCAGUGUUUGCUCAGAGCCAGGAGGAGAUGCCGCUUUUCCGACAGAGAUGGAUCUGUAGGAAAGCAGGGGGAAGUGGAGAUUACGCUUGGGCUCAGGAGCAGCACGCGAGAGCACUGGGGGGGCAGCUGGGCAGCCCGGGAGCCUGAGCCUUCACAGACAGGAGCGGGCCGACCAUGGUACAGUAACCUACAAACCCAUCCCUCAGGUGGGGCCGGAUGCUUUGGGACAACAGGACACACUGGAUUAAGAUUUCCACUUGCUACGUCUCAGGCCCCAGUUGGGAUUUUGACCCCUUUUCCUACCCUGAGGAAGGCACUUCUUGCAGCAAUGCCACCCCCGGGAGGUGGAGUGAGGUAACAUCAGAAAUGAUUUGCUCCUUGCGUUUCUAACAGAAGCAGGGCCGUGUUGUCAUUGUGCAACUAUGGCAUAAAUGUGGGCUUUUAAAACCUUUAAUCUAACUCGGAAUUUAAAUGCAACAUGCUAUAGGCACACACCUAACUUACAGCGUGCAAAGACACCUGAGGUGGUGUGCUGGGACCAGCCUGGAGCGUGCUAAGUACAUCUCAUGAUGUUACCAUCUGAGCCCUUGCGUAAGGUGUGCAAUGUAGUAAAACUUGAAACAGCAAAUGCACCAACAGGUGUUGAUACUCUAGUUUUAUAUGUGUUGCCUGGAUAAAUUAGUGCCCUGCACCUCUCCCUGCAGUAGCCCACAGAAAAAGCCUUUGAACAGCGCGUUGCUGAGCCGUGCCCAGCUGCGGUAGGGUGUAGUCGGUGUUUCCCAGCUGUUUCAUUUACUUUAACAGCCUCCUUGCUCUUGGCUGCCCCUCACAGCUGUCUGCUGUGGCUAUUUCAUGAUGAAAAGGCUCCUUGGAGCCAUUUUAGCCAAGGAAAGGGAGGAUGCAUUGUGUCAGGACUGAGGCCUGUAGCAGAGCUGGUGGGGGCAAGAUGCAAAUUCCCCCUGCGAGAUUGCCUCCAAACGUCUCCUGCCGCAGUGGAAAGGCAAGUUCUGCAAAUCCUCUCUGUUCUGCCCCAAGUCAUUUCUAGCAACAAAAGUGCCGCUUCGGAUCAACGCAGUCUCCCUUUCAGAGGUCACAAAAGUGACUACACAAAAUAGUGCAAGUGUAGCAAAAGGGCUGCACAGGCUGGUAGGCAGCACAUGGGAGCCCUGCGCUGCCCUGUUCAGAUGAAAACCUUGAGGGGUGUUUGGUCUAUGCAUGUUUGGGGUCUCUGGUUUUUGCCUAAGCUGGGACCCCUGCUCUGCUCCCCGCUGCCAGGACGAGGUAAGAAAUACACAGGUGUGUCCGUUUUGCCACAGGCACCCUGCUAGCGUUGAAUGGUCGAGGGGAAUGGGUUGGGGGCGAGGAGAAAAACACUUCCUUUGGGAAACCAGAACCUGGUGGAAAAGAGUGAUUUUUGGGUCUCAGAUCCUCUGUCUUCCUCCUAGGUGGCUUGUGCAAUGGGUGGAACAGAGCUUGGCUCCGUGCGCUCUGGGGCAAACGCCCAAACUCGACCGCGCCGCUUCCCCAGAGCGGCUUCGCUGGCCGAGUGGCGAGAGCCUCGGGGAUUUAUUGCUUUGCCGUGGCUUCAUUUCCACUUGGUUUCCUUCGGAGUGCACGUGCCUGCCUAUUUUUUAAUGCCAGAAGAUUUAGCGUCCCAUAUCUUUUCCCUCUUCCUUUCUUGGACGCAACUUUUUAAUAUCCUGAUGCCUUCCUCAGCUCCGCGAAGCGCAGCAGGCUGGGGGCUUGAUUUGUGUAAUCAAGCCUUGCUGCAAAGUGCCCUCAUGAAGCAAUCUCUGUUGGAGAGUAGAAAUGCUGAGAGUGAAAAAUAACUCUUCUAACCUUAAGCAAAUUGUUAAGCCCUGGCUCAAUAUCCUUUGUAAUGAAGCCUGUACUAGGCUACUAGACUUCAUUUGGUAGAAAGGCCUUACCUAACCGAUAUGACAAUAAAGGUGAAUACCCUGUGGUGUACAUCUGGCUUGCUAAUACUGGAAUCAAUGCUAUUGUCAUCGUUUAAAAAUAUAUAUAUAUACCUUUUUUUUUGAAAUUAAGCUUGGGGGUGUAAGUAGAAUUUCUUUUUUCACACUGUAAUGUUAAUUUAUGGCUGAGUUUCAUUCAGUCCUGUAUUCAGGAGUGCAGUAUGGAUAUUAGUGAUGUGUAGUCUGUAACAUGGUACUAGAGAAUAGCCAAUUCGUAAAAAACAAAAAACAACCCCUCCAAACAAAAUAAAACCUAAAAGCAAAAAAAAAAAAAAACAAAAAAACCCCACAAUUCCCCCAAAAUCUGAAAAAAAAAAUGUAAAUCAAGUAUUUUGUGGUAUGUACAACACAAAUUAAUUUUACACGGAGAAAGAUGUUUCUAGGAAAAUGAAAUUCUGAUAAUUCAUACUAUUUGUAUGAACAAAUAAAAAUAUAUUUUACCAA